GGCAGGGUCUCGCCCGCCGCCGCCCGGCUGCCAUGUCCUUGGCUGCGCUGCUGCUCCGCGCGGGCCGCGCCCGGCCGCCCCGCCUCGCCGGGAGGCUGGGGAACCUUCCGGUCAAUCCUCGCAGGAACCUUCAGUACGGCUGGACUGCGUAUGUCCUGGGAGACAGAGCCAGCGCCAAGUUCACUGAACACAGCAAAAUCUUCACAGUGGAGGGCAAUCUGUACUCCGGCACAGCAAAACUCGCCCAACAAGUGGCAGAAGCCCUGGGUUUGCGGUAUUUCCCAGAAGCCACUAUUCAUUUGUUAGACCGGUUCACGGGAGAUGGGAAAAUACUAGAUUUAAAAUAUAGUGGCAGUUGCUACUUGGAGACCUUUUACAACGAGCCUAUGCAUCCGAACGGAAACUCUUACCGGCUUCAAGUUUGGAUGUACUGUUCCCGCUUCCUACAGUACAUAGAAGCUCUCGACCAUCUCUUGAGUACAGGCCAAGGCGUCGUGCUGGAACGCUCCCCCUACAGCGACUUCGUCUUCCUGGAGGCCAUGUCGAAGCAAGGCUACAUUAAGCCAAGGUGUGUGAAACACUACUACAGGAUGAAGCAUCUUAGUAUUUGUGAGAUUUUGCCUCCUCACCUGACCCUUUAUAUCGAUGUUCCUGUCUCAGAAGUUAAGAAAAGGAUUGACGAGACAGGCGAGCCCUAUGAGAAAAAAGUCUCCACCGCUUAUCUGCAGAGCAUCGAAGAGGCCUAUAAGAAAUCUUUCCUGCCACAGAUCAGUGAAACCUCUGAAGUCUUGCAAUAUACAGCCAGUGAAGUGGACAGUCUGGAGAGAAUUAUUGAAGACAUUGAAAUGCUGAAAUUUAAUAAAGGGCCAUGGCUUGAACAAGAUGAUCUUACUUUGCAUUACUUGAGGUGCAGUGUCACUGACAAAUCCAAACUCCUGUGUCCUCUGGCUGUUCCCGACUACAUUCCUGAAGUCACCGUAGGAGGCCUGGAUGCUGACUCAAUCUACCAGAGUUACCGGGAGCUUCCUGGACGCAAGUAUGCCUCGGGUUACAACGCUGACGUGGGAGACAAGUGGAUCUGGCUCAAAUAGCCCAUUUCUUUGGAAGAACGACGUUGGCCAGAGAAGAAGGGUGUUAAGCCGCCAGUUGUAAAUAGGCGACAUCUUUAGCAAAGGUGGCAGGUCUUCAGCCGGGAGGAGGAGCCCGCCACAAGGAAGGCGCUUUAAUGUCCCACCCAGAUUCCCCUGAGCAGAAUAAAGCGGCAUUUGGAGCUUCUUGGCUGAAAACCGGAGGUUCCUCCAGGUA